AUGACUAGCAGGGCAAUCAAUUUUGUUGAUGCAACAAAACAUGGAUUUCGUGUGGUUCUAUUGGAUUCUUUUGUACAGUCGUAUCUGUCAGAAACCCAAAUGCCCACAUUAUUUAUCACAGCAAUUCCACUGAAAGCUGAUGAUAGUUCAUUUACAAAAGUUGUGGUUCCAGAUAAUAUUCGUAUUGAUAAGCAGGUGAAAAUCACAGAUUUACGCGAACGUUCGUGGUACUACAUUUGUAUUGAGUGGGAAAACAUUAACCGUUAUAACGAAUCCACUGGUACGGACUGUCGUAUUUUAAGAACACUUGACAGGUUUGGGAAGAGUGCGGAAUCGACGAUACCCGAUAUUGACAUUGUGGAUAUUGGUGCAACAACGAUGAACUUUAGAAUUCGUUCAAUUGCUGAUUUUCCACUUAGGCUGACAGUCUAUUUGGAAGGCGGAACAGGCAGUAUAGCACCGGCACAAGAGUUUGUUUUUCAUGAGACAACAGAAAUAAAUGUUGAAUUCAAGAAUCUGAAAGAGGAUACCAACUAUGGUGAAUUAUGCUUUCUUGAAGAACCGUUAGCCAACGGUUAUACCGCUUUGGGAAGGCAUAUCAGUGGACUAAACAUCAGGAAAUGCUACUUUGGUAAUAUUUGA